GGUCUCAACUCAACUCCGUCGUCGUCUUCCGCCGCUACUCGCCUCCUCUCCGGCCUUCGCAGUCUUCACGACUCCUCCACGCGCCUUCUCGACGUUCUAGAACUCUCCCUUCCUUCCAUUCCCGAAGCUUUUUAAGCUUUCCCCACCUCACCAGCUCCUCGGAUCUCCAAGAACAGUAGCGUUGGAAGCUAGAACAAGCACGUGUACAACCAGUCUAGCUCAGAUCGUCGCCGGCCAAUGGCGUCGUCCUCUUCUCCUGCCGCCUCUCUCUUCUGCAGCAGCAGUGCUGCAACUAGCAGGAGCACGAGAAGCUUCCGUCUCUUCUCCAAGAACCAGUGCAGGCCUCCUCUUAGGCCGCCUCUCGGGAGAGGAAGUGGUCUCCUCCUGGUCAGGUGCUCGUUGCAACAGCAGGAGGAGAAGGCCGACGAGGCCUCCUCCACACCCGUCGCUCCGGGCAAGCAGAAGGCGGCGCCGACGGAGUUGCACCUCGCCGGCCGGGAAGACGAAGGCGACGGCGGCGGGGAGAAGAGCAAGGAGGAGCAGCAGGAGGUGGACUGGAAGACGGACGAGGAGUUCAAGAGGUUCAUGGGCAACCCGUCCAUCGAGGCCGCCAUCAAGCUGGAGAAGAAGCGCGCCGACCGGAAGCUCCGCGAGCUCGACCGCGAGCCCGACGCCAACCCGCUCGCCGGCCUGCUCCGCGGCCUCGCCAGGGACCAGCUCGCCCGCGAGAAGGAGAGGCUCGAGCUCGCCGAGAAGACCUUCAGGGCGCUUGACCUCAACAAGCUCAAGAGCUGCUUCGGGUACGACACGUUCUUCGCCGUGGAUGUUCGGCGAUUCGGCGAUGGCGGCAUCUUCAUCGGGAACCUGAGGAAGCCCGUGGAGGAGGUGAGGCCGAAGCUGGAGAAGAAGAUCGCCGAGGCGGCCGGCACAGACGUCACCCUCUGGUUCAUGGAGGAGAAGAGCGACGACAUCACAAAGCAGGUCUGCAUGGUGCAGCCAAAAGCAGAGAUCGACCUGCAGCUGGAGAUCACUAAGCUGAGCACACCAUGGGGAUAUCUGAGCGCCGUCGCGCUGGCCGUGACGACGUUUGGGACGAUCGCCAUCGUGAGCGGCUUCUUCCUCAAGCCCGGCGCGACGCUCGACGACUACGUCUCCGACGUGCUCCCUCUGUUCGGCGGCUUCAUCUCCAUCCUCGGCGUAUCCGAGAUCGCGACGAGGUUGACGGCGGCGAGGCACGGCGUGAAGCUGAGCCCGUCGUUCCUGGUGCCGUCCAACUGGACUGGGUGCCUCGGCGUGAUGAACAACUACGAGUCGCUGCUGCCGAACAGGAAGGCCCUGUUCGACAUCCCGGUGGCACGCACGGCCAGCGCGUACCUCACGUCGCUGGCUCUCGCCGUCUCCGCGUUCAUCUCCGACGGCAGCUUCAACGGCGGCGAGAACGCCCUGUUCAUCCGGCCGGAGUUCUUCUACAACAACCCUCUGCUGUCGUUCGUGCAGCUGGUGAUCGGGCCGUACGCCGACGAGCUCGGGAACGUGCUGCCGAACGCGGUGGAAGGUGUCGGCGUGCCGGUGGACCCGCUGGCGUUCGCUGGGCUGCUCGGCAUCGUGGUGACGUCGCUGAACCUUCUGCCGUGCGGGAGGCUGGAGGGCGGCCGGAUCGCGCAGGCGCUGUUCGGGCGGGGCACGGCGGCGGUGCUGUCGUUCGCGACGUCGGUGCUGCUCGGCGUCGGCGCCAUCAGCGGCAGCGUGCUGUGCCUGGCGUGGGGGCUCUUCGCGACGUUCGUCCGCGGCGGGGAGGAGAUCCCGGCGCAGGACGAGAUCACGCCGCUGGGCGACGACCGCUACGCGUGGGGGUUCGUGCUCGCCGUCGUCUGCCUGCUCACGCUCUUCCCCAACGGCGGCGGCACCUACUCCAGCGACUUCCUCGGCACGCCCUUCUUCCGCGGCGGCAUCUAGGCUUCAACCCGUGUGUAUAAGAGGGCGAUUAACGUCGUAUUUGUAAAAAAAAUAAUUUAUAGUUUUUUAUAUACGUAUUUUUAGCACUCUAAAA